UGCAAGAAAAGAAACUUCGCAAACUUGCAAAAAAGUGUGGAACGGUUCCUGAGAAUCUCCCUACAAUUCUUCAAAAUCCAGAUAUUGUCACUCUUAUUCUCAAAUAUUUAAAAGGCAAAGAUACCGAUGACGAAAUGCCCGCACUUUUGUUCGAUUGGAAUCAGGCCGGCUUCAAUGACACCAACGUUCCAAAUUGCCGUAACGGUGUUGCAGGACAGACCCAAGGGGCUAUAAUCGCAAACCUCCUUGCAAACGGAGCAACCGAUUUUAUGAAUCUGAACAUACUAUUCGUUUUUCAAAAUGGUCAAGCAAUUGGAACUUGGCACAAGAAUGUCGCUGUGAAUUUGCCUUGGGUGAAACAUCAAGCUGGUGUUCCAGAUAUCUGUAACAACCUCUUAAGACUUAAUAAGAUUACGGCCCACACAGCCAAUGUAGAUAUCGAGGAUUUUUCAGACAGGGUAUGGAAGAGAACACCGAACUCAAGAGCAGAAUCGAUGAGUUGGAGAAAAAUAGGACAGAUGCUGUUGCCGAGAACGUUGAACUUAAGAGUUAGAGUUGUAAAAUUAGAACAGGAUAUAGAUGAACUUAAAAAAGAAUUGGAAUCUAAGAAAAAUCGUAAAUUUCAGGAAAAAUGUAUUCUAAUAGCCCAGAUACUUCUUAACGAGGAACCUAUGGUUGAAUAUCGACCAUCUUUUAUGGAAGGAUUAGAACUUGAUGCCUUCUUCCGAAGUAAUAGAAUUGCAUUAGAGGUUCAAGGAGCUCAACAUCGGCUUCAUAACACCAGCUGGUAUAAAGAUGUUAAAAAACUCGAGGAUAUUGUUAACCGUGAUCGAAAAAAAAGAACCCUGUGUCAACUUAACGGGAUUUAUCUUCUUGAGGUAUGGUAUGAUGAGAAUCCAGAAGUCACUAUUCCUAAGAAGAUAUAUAAAUUUAGGGAGUUUAUUGAUAGAAAAAUCUUCAAUCUUGAUUAA